GAGAGAGAGAGAGAGAGAGAGAGGAUGGGUAGUGGGAUUCGUCCGCCGCUACUUCCUCCCCAGCGACCGGUGGCCAUGGAGGCAGUGACCACCAAUCUUUCCGCAGCGGCCGCCGCUCCGCACCGAGGAGGCGUGUCCGCGGCCGCGGCCAACUCCUUCCUUCUCCAACUCGCCGUCGAGCGUCUCGUGUUGGUCCUGAAGAGCGGCAUUGGCUCCAAAGACUUCUUCCAGUGCUGUUUCUUUGUCGCCAGAGGUAUUGACUAUGCACUAACCAAGAACAAUAUUCCUGCGGUGGCUCAUCGUUUACCUUCACUUGUAAAAGAGGUCUACCAGCAUAGAAACAACAGUUCACUUCGAUCAGCUAUUAUGGUGCUAAUGAUUUCUGUCAAGAAUGCUUGUAAGAAUGGAUGGUUUCAAAUUGCAGAUGCCGAUGAACUUCUUAGCAUGACAAAUGAGUUAUAUAGCAGCUUUUGUACAAGCAUUACCGAGGAAGCGAGCAAUGCGUUAGAUACUAUUUCAAAAGUCAUGUCUAGGUUUUAUCCCCAGUUGAAGUUAUGCCGUGUCAUCGUUUCUUUGGAAGCAAAGCCUGGUUAUGACAUUUUGAUGGCUGAUUUUCAGAUUGAAAAGAAUAUAUCCCCAGAAGAAAGGAUACGGCUGUUUGUAGCUCAGACACAUAAUUUAGAAAUAUCAUCUUGCAUCAUAAGCCCUCCACAAGUAAGUUUUUUGGUAAAUGGAAAAGGAGUAGAGAGGAGAAUUGAUGUUUCUCUGGACCACGGGCCUCAACUUCCAACAGAUAUUACCAAAAUGCUUAAAUAUGGAACAAAUCUUAUCCAGGCGGUUGGAUAUUUUAGCGGUAACUGUAUCAUAGCUAUAGCCUUCAUGAGCAACAUAACUUCUAUUGCUCCAAUGCUUAAAGAUUUUGUUCAACCAGUCAUUUCGGCUCUUGAUCCAGAUUCUGAGAUAAUUGAGGGGCCGUCAAGAGUAUCACUUAAUUGUCCAAUAAGCUUAAAGCGUAUAAAGACUCCAGUUAAGGGACAUCUAUGCAAACAUCAUCAGUGUUUUGACUAUGAGAACUUUGUGGAGGUGAAUUCAAGGAGGCCAUUAUGGCGUUGCCCUUGCUGUAACCAGCCUGCUAGCUACAUUGACUUAUGUAUUGAUCAAAAUAUGGGCAAGAUACUGAGCAAGACAGGAGAAGAUACUGCUGAUGUUAUUAUUUUUGCUGACGGAUCCUGGAAAGCGGUUGCUGAUUGUAAUAGAAGUACAAAUCAACUGCCUGAUGGGACAAUUGCAGUACAGGAAGAUGGUAACUUUGGAUGUGAAUCUAAUAGAUUUUCAAACACACUGACAAAUGUCGUUGAUUUGACUAUUGAAGAUAAUGGUGAGAGUGAUAUUUUGAAUGGCUCAUUAAAGUGGGUUGGUGAGAUUGAGGAUACAAAACCUUUUAAGGAUGUUCCCAUUUUUCCUGUUUCUGAAAGUUCUGCAUCACCACUUGGCAGCUGCAUAGCUGUAACAACUCAAGCUACUACUGAUCAGAUGGGGAAUGAUACCUGGCUCAGGAAUUGGUCAUCAACUUCUACUUUUAAUGGAUCAACAAUUUCCACUGCUCUGCUUGAUUCUCGUAUUGACGGAACCUUGGCUUCUCUGGUCCCAAAUUUUGUGCUGAAUCCUGUUAUUACAGAUGCAGUUUCUCCUGCACUUAAUCAAGAGCUUGCUGCCCGUCACGAGUUCUUCCAACCAACUCUUCCGAGCAUAUCUCAGGUUAGGCAGGAUAAAAUGCACGCUCAAGAGUUGCAUUUUGGAAAUUCUGCUAUGGGCACUGUGACUGCGAGGCCACUAAUACCUGGAACUGUCACGAGAACCCCCAUAACAGUUCCAGCCCUGCCAAUGCGAUCACAGGUAACCGGCUCAACUCAAAGGAGAGAAACGAAUGUAGUCCCUUUCAACAUCACAACCAGUAGCAAUCCCUCCUCUGUGCUUGGUACAAUUCCUUCAGUAAGGGCCAUCCCAAAUGGAUUCAGUGCAAUGAGCAAUGACUUCCAAGUUCAGCAAGUUUCAAGGACUUUGGAUGUACUUUCCCCAUCACAGCAAUUGCACUCAAUUACACAGGUGGUUGGACUUCCAGCACUUGACCAACUCGGCUUGAGAACCUUGGUGGACCAGCAGACAAGAUUGGGUGCUUAUAGAGCUCCAUUGCAGCCUUUAUCAGACAUUCAGAAUUCCCAUCAUCAGCUACGAAGUCUGAGGACACAUCAAUCCAUGAGCCAUUCUACCGAUAUCCUUCCACAAUCUUCAUGCAUCCCUUCUAUGCAAGGGUGUCAAGCAUCACUAAAUGCUACUGUUGCAUCAUCGGGGAGCUUGUCAAAUGGAUCGAAUCAUCUAUUAGAUGCCCAUCAUGCAGUGCACAUAAGGCCACAUUCAGGGUUAGCUCUUCCAUGUACAUCCAGAUCAGGAUUAUCCUUCCAAGCAACUGCUGGUGGUUUCAGACGGGCAAGCAAUGAGCAAUUGCAAAACACGUAUGGAGGGCUAGAGGCAGUGGCAGGCUUUGAUAGUUUUGCAGAAUCACCAUCUGAGCGGAACUGGCAGCCAAUGGGACGGAUGAGAGGAAGCUUAACAGGUGAAGCUUACUCAGCUGCCCUAAGACACUAUGCAGCUCAACCAACCCAACAGGUGUCUGCCAGGCUAUCAGCUGCCUCUACUGAUCAACAUUUGUGUUGAUUCCUGCUGGUAUUAAUGUCCAUGGUUCCCUUGUACAUCAGGCUAACUGGAAGUAUGGCAAUUUAAUCAAACAACCAGGAGAUCUGAGCAUCCAAGCGGAGCAAGCUUUUGGGAUGCGUUAAUUUUGGUUCCUUCUAACUAUAGACAGUGGAAAGUACUGGAAACAACAAAGUUACAUGGGAAUACUCUCAUCCAUUUUUCUGUAUCUCCAGGCAUCUUUCGAGUUCUGGGCGUUGAUUGGGUCUGACUGCACGGUCUCUUUUGGACACAAUUAUUUCUAUGAAGCGAAUAGGGAUGGAAAUUGAUUUUUUUAAACUUUUUUUUUUGAUUAUUAUGCAGAAAACCUUCCUAUUUUACAGGAUAGCUUUAUUGUGAAAGUGACAUGCACUGCAAGAAUUAUUACAUUGUCAAGACAAUUGGUUUAUUAAAAUGGCGAUAAAUGGUUGGAAAGGUACUAUCUGAUGUUUCUUUUCUUUUAUUUUA